CUUCGGGGCACAGUGCUUCUUUCUGCCUGUAGUAACUUUCGUAAUCAUUGAUCUCCCUUCAAAUGCUUGGGAUCGGGUUAGAAGAAAGUUUCCGAACAAUUUAAUGUACGACCUCUCUGCGAGUGCAUGCCUCAUGCUAAGUUCACUUAUACUGCGCAGUAAUCUAACAAAAAUACGAAUAAACUCUUAUUUGAACUGUGUUAUCGCUUCAUCGUGUGGCAUCAUUUAAAAUCUUGAUAUUCAAAGAGUAUACAAGUGUAAGAGGAUUUAUGUUAUUGGAAGUCAUGACAGAACUGAAUAUUUUAUAUUUUAGCCAGUUCGAAGAGGAAUUGUGCCUUCCAGUCGCUUAAGAAACCUAAUCGAAUGAUGAUAUGGCAUUUGAUCAAUAUAUCGAGUUGUUACAAACGAUGCAAGCCUACCGCGACAACUUCAAACAAACUCCGUGUCCUUCGGUAGUUGAUCAAGCGCCACCCUCACAAAACCGAUUACCAUUUACGAAAGGCAAUCGUAGUCGUAGCAGUACAAAAAACGAUCACAAUACCACAGGUUCAGUGAGUGGCGCAGCUGCAGCAUCAACUACGCCCAGAAUGUUAAGUCCAACACCAUCAGAAGAUGCUGGCACCUCCGCGUUGUUGCGCCAAAAUCAAGAAUUGCGUCAACGUUUGGCCGAGGAGGCCAGCAGUUAUCGACGACGCUUGGACACCUACAAACAGGCUCAGCAGAACCAGACCACGUUAGUCAGUCGAUUGCAAUCGAAGAUACAGCAGUAUCGUCAGCGAUGCAAUGAUCUGGAGGAACGCAUGCAAGAGACUAUCAAACCAUCGACACCAUGUCCGACGGCACCGAAAAUAACCACGGGACCAACUUCAAGUCAGGUUAUGUGCUCUACCUCGUUGACCUUGGGCCAUUCCAGCCAGCCUUGCUCCUCGUCAUUGGAAACUCCCCCCUCACCGGGCACUUGUGUUGGUGGAGGAGGUGGCGGUCGUGAUUAUGUUGUACAUGAGGAUAGUGGCGAAUUGUGUCGCAAACUGGAUGAGGAGCACAAGAAGUGUGAACAAUUGUUGGCCCAAAAUAACACUUUGCGUCAACAACUCAUCGAGUCGAAUCGCACAAAUGAGGCUCUGACCAAUGAUUUGCAGAAACUCACCAAUGACUGGUCGAAUUUGCGCGAUGAACUUUUGGUGAAGGAGGAUGAAUUUAAGGAAGAGGAGCAGGCCUUCAAGGACUAUUACAAUAGCGAACAUAAUCGUCUCUUGAAAAUGUGGCGUGAAGUUGUUGCCGUCAAACGUGCCUUCAAGGACAUGCAGACUGCCAUGAAAAACGAAGUUGCCAAAAUGGGCCUAGAAGUGAAUGGAGCUGUCAAAGAUAUCAAUGCCACUUGUAGCAAUGUCAACUUUAAUCAUCAGCAAGCCAAACGUUUGGCCGACGAGCAAUUGGCCCAGGCUAAACGCGAUAAUGACGAUCUACAAAAUCAAUUGGCCACCCUUAAGGUACAGCAUGAGAGCGCUCGCCAUGAGAUUCUGGAGCGCGAUCAACGUUUGCUCGAUCUGAUGAAUCAAUUGAAGAAACUCGAAGAUCGUUGCGCUCAGGCCGAAUCCCAGGCCAUGUUGGCUAGUCGUUAUAAUGACGAAAUUGAUCGCUUGAAUAGUUCCAUGCGUGAGAUAGCCCAAGCUGUUGUUCUCGAUGCGGAAAUAGCCGAUCGUGAACAGGCUGAUGCAGCUGUUGCCGGUGCCGGAGGUGAUAUGCAGCAUAUGCAUUUAUCACGUGAUACCUCGGCCACUGCUAAAUCACCUAGACGUUCAUCGGCUCGUGCUUCUCAGGCCUUUGCCGAGGGCACCAUUUCUGCGGUACAAGCGGCCUUGCACAAAUAUCAGUUGGCUUUGCAUGAUAUGCAGGUGAAAUACCAAAAUACCCAUGAGAGUCUACGCACCACCAAAACCCAAUUGGACACCAGCGAAGGCACCAAGGCCCUAUUGACCACCAAGAUUCAACAGUUAACCGAAAAGUUGGAUGCAAGUAAUUCCAAAUUGUCGGAACUAUUUAAGGAACGCGAUAGUCUGCAAAAGACGUUAGAUGAAAUUCGAGAUCAAAAGCAACAGUCGGAGCAGGGUAAAGCAGAUAUAAAUAAUGCGUUUGAAAACUUAAGUGCCGAUUUUGAAAAACUACAAUUCAACUAUGGUAAACUACAAAAGAAAAUUGAUGCCUUGGAGGAGGAUAAGAAAGCGGUCGAAUUGGAAAUUCAGCGAAUUCUCAAGGAUAAAAAUAUUACCGAAUUGAAUUUGAGGGCCGAAGAGGAUCGAGGCAGUCGCUUAAGAGAAGAAACCAUAUCCCUGCGAGAAGAAUUGAAUCGCGUCAGCUUAAAUCGAGAUCUCCUGGAGCAACAGCGCAUUGAGUCCGAUAAUUUAAUCAAUUUGCUGGAAAAACAAAAAUCCGAUCUCGAAUAUGAUCUCGAUAAGAUUCUAUUAGAAAAAUGCGAUCUACAAGAACGUUUGGAAAAAUUAUCUUGCAACAAUUCUUCCACAACCGAUGAAUUGAAGGUCAUACAAAACAAUUUGUGUGAAGUACAAGAGGAACGCAAGCGUCUGGCUCAACAAUUGCAUGAUCAAAGCAACGAACUGGCUGAAGUGCGAAAGGAGUUGAGCAAUUUGGAUAAACUACGCUUGGAACUGGAAACAGAUAACCUGGGCUUCAGCGAAAAGGUCAAAUGUUUGCAAAUGGAAAAAGAAAAGAUAUUGCAGGAUUUGGCCUGCAUAACAAGGGAUCGUGGGGAUAUUCACAAUCAACUAACUGCCAUGUGUCGCAAGAAGGAAUCCCUAAAUGAGGAGUUGAUGCGCACCCGACAGCGAUUGGAACAGACCACAGAGACCAAUAAUCGUUUGAAUCGCAAUCUCGAGGAAAUGGUCAAAGAUGUGGAAGAAAAGCAGGUGGUCAUUGAUUUGCAUGAAAAGGAAACUCAUCGCUUGCAGGAACUUUUGGCCGCCUUGCGUUCUGAGAAAGAAUCCUUGGAUGCUGUUCUCUUCGAUACCAAUACCAAUUUGGAGGCCACCGAGGAGAAGAGAGCCCAAUUGGAAAAGGACUUGAAAGAGGCUUUGGUAAGGGAGGAAUCUCUUAAGAACAAUGUGGCUCGUCUACAAAAGGAACUGGAACAAUGCCAACGUAGGGCUCAAGAAACCAAAACUCAGCUGCUCAAUGCAGCCCGCGAAGCUGAAGCUGAUUUCAAUCAGAAGUUAGCCAAUUUGAAAUCCGCAGGCGAUGAGGCUGCCAAAAAGCAUGCCGAGGAUAUGCUGCAGCAACGCAGUGCCCUGGAGAAGAGAAUGCAGCAGGCCUUGCAGGCUUUGCAGACCGCUAAAGAUGAUGAGAUUGAAAAGCAGCAGGAACGUUUGGAAGGUCUACAGUCUCACUUGGAGAGUUUGGUGCAACAGCAUGAGGAGGCUUUAAUAAGGGCCGAAAAUGAGAAACAGCAAGCUUUGCUUAUAGCUCAUCGCGACAAGCAAUCGGUACAGGAGAGACUGGAAUGUAUUGCCCGAGAAUUAUGCUCCGAACAGGAUGCCUUGGAGAGAGCCAAGAGAGAGCACAAUGCACGCGAUGAGAAACAACGCAGCGGCAUUGCUCAGCUUAAGGAUGAAUUGGCGGCAUUGCGUACCCGAGAAGAAGAACAAAAGAUUAAGCUUGAGGAAUGCAUACGCAAACAGGAGAUACAAAUAAGCUCCAUCAAAGAAGAGCGAGACAAUCUGUUGCGUAUAAGUGAUGAACUGAAAAUGGACAUACGUUUAAAAGAUGAUAAAAUGGAAUCCAUCAACAAUGAACUUCAGGAUACCAUGAGAAAGGCCAAGGAAGGCGAUGGUUAUAUUGAGAGUUUACGCAAGGAACUUACCGACACCCGUCGCCAAUUGGCCGAUAGCAACAUCGAGCGUGACAAGUACUCCAACAGCAACAAGGAACUGAGGGAUCACAUCAAGCGCGUGGAAGGUGCCAAGCGUGAACAGGGCCGUGCCAUAGAAGAGGCUUUGCAGAAGAUCAGCAGUCUGGAAGAUAAUAAAAACACUUUGGAGAAUGAGCGAACUCGUCUGCAGACAGUCUUGAAAGAAACGGAAAAUAAUCUCUCCAAGGCCACACAGGAGUUGAACUGUACCAGAAAUAAUUUACAAAAGACUCAAAUGGAAUUUGCCGCCAAGGAUGAGGGAGGGAAAGAGUUGCAAAAUCGUUUGGGUGCUGAAAUUGAGUUGAAGGAACGGGCCGUACAAGAGCUGAAUCAAGUAAAGAAACAAUUGGCAGACUUGGAGGCCAAUCUGUGUGCCACACGUCAGGAAUUGGGACGUCUUAGAUGCCAUGCCAAUCAGGAGGAGCAUCGUUUCCACAAUCGAGAACAGGAAUUGGCUGCUCGCAUGGAGGAAGCUCGCGGUCGUGAGAAGCGCCUAGAGGAUCAGAAGCACAAUUUGGAGGUAUGUCUGGCCGAUGCCACCCAGCAGAUACAGGAGUUGAAGGCCCGCUUGGGCGGAGCUGAGGGUCGCAUUCGAGCUUUAGAUGAGCAAUUGGCCUGUGUGGAACUACACAAACGUGAGAACGAGCACAAAUUGAGCUCCGUAAUUCAUACACUGAGACGCAUUGCUGGCAUUCAAAUCGAUGGCAGUGUCAAUCUCUCGCACCGCCUGGUUAGUCCUUCACGUCGUUUCAGCCCUGUGCGCAGUGUCUCGGGCGGUGUAGCUCCCAGUUGCCAUGACUUUGAUCAGCGCAGCACUUCGCACUGCAACGAUGGUCCAGCUCUUGAUGUCGAUCCAGACCUCAUACGUAAAGGUGUUCGUUGCCUUAUGCACCAGGUGGCCCAGAUAGAACGCGAGAAGGACGACUUCAAAAUGCAAUUGGCCACAGCCAAGAAGCAACUGACCGAUGCCGCCGAUCAGCAAAUGAAAUGCGAUGCCAAAAUAUCCAAACUGCAGCAAAUGAUACGUCACCUGCAGCAGGAAAAGAGCAAUUUGGACACCGAGCGUAGCAUGAAGGUUUCCGCCCUCAAUGCGCUCGAGGAGAAGUUCCAAAAGAAAUCCGAUGAGUGCCAGCAAUUGCGUGAGAAAUUGGCUCAAACUGAAAUGCAGCUGAACUCCUGCACGGAGGAGAACUCACAAAACGAGGACCGCUUGGAGAAAUGCCGCCAGCAUGGCGCGAAGCUGGAAAAUGAAAAGCGGCAUUUGCAAGAGGAAUUGGCUAAAAUCGAAGGCAAGGCAACUAAAUUGGAUCUGCAGCGUGUGGCCUUGGAGGGAGAUAUCACACGUCUGCAAAUGGCAUUGCAAGAAAAGGAAUGCCACAUCAGAGCAGCCCAGGAACGUUUGGACAAUCAAGGUCGCGCCUUGGCUCAACUGGAGGACAGAUGCACUUCUUUGAAAACCUCUCUGGAUCAAAUGAAGGAGCGUCUGCAAAAAGCUGCAGUAGUAGAGGCAGAGUUGAGAGGUGAACUUAAGACCGCCAGCAAAGAGAUCUCCGAACAGGGUCAUUGCUCUCAGGCCAAUGAGGAUAAAUUGAAGCUCUUGCAAAAAUCUUUGCAAACUGCGGAUAAUGAGAAACGCAUACUGGCCGAGCGCUUGGAAAAGGCCCAAACAACCAUCAAUGAACUUAGAAGAGGCCAACAGGCCCAACUCGAUAGUGCUCAACGCUUGCAGGAUCAAGUGAACGACCUGGAAGUCAAGAGAUCUGCCCUUGAGUCUCAGCUACGUAUUGCCAAAUGGAAUCAAGAAUCGGGCGACAAAAGCAAUGGUCCCAGCAAUAAUGGCGAAGAAGAUGAUCUCAGUCGGCAAUUGAAAUCUUCGCAAAGAGAAAAGUCUGAGUUGCGCAGCAAACUGCAAGUGCUGCAGGAUAAAGUCAAGCAAUUGGAGUCGGAACGUAAGAGUAAAUUCUCUGGUGACAGUGUAUUUGACAGAUCAGAAAAGUCAGGUGGUGGUGGCGGUGGUGGAGGCUAUUACGAUGGCAGCUAUGAUUCUAAUCGCCAGGAAGGCAAUGGCGGAUCUAGCAAUGAUUAUGGUCGCAAGAGUAAUGGCGGUGGCGGCACCUUCAACUGUGGCCUAGAUCAUGCUGUCAUUGAACAGGAAAAUCGAGAUUUACGUUUGAAAGUAAGGCGCCUGGAAACCUUGCUGGCCGAAAAGGAAUCCGAAUUGGCUCGUCUAAAGGCACGCAUGCAUGACAGUGCCAAAUGCAUGGACGGUUUGGAUUCCGAUCGUUAUCGCAGUGCCCAAAUGCAUGCAGAAAAACUAUUAGAUGCCCGUGAGCAAAGUCAUCGGCAACAGGUUUUGCGCUUAGAAAAUCAGAUAUCCAUGUUGCGGGAACAACUGGCUCAAGAGGCCAAACGCCGCCAGCAAUAUAUUUUGCGCAGCUCCAAAGCCAAUCGUGAGAUGCAGCAUUUACGCAGCACUUUGGGAGACUCACUGCGUCAUGUAUCGCAACAUCCGUUGGAUCCUAAUCUUUUGGAGAGUGAAUCAAGAAGAUUGGACAAUGCUGUAUCCAUGAGUCUGCCACCCUCAACCUGUCGAGAUUAUGAGCGUGAUUAGACGCUAAGCAAGGAACAACAACUAUUUCCAUAAAAAAAACAAAAACUGCCAUUAAACAACUACCACUACAAAACUACUAACCAACAAGUCAUCACAAGUGCAUUUAUUUUGAAAAACUUUCCAAUAUUAGAUAUAAUGAGAAACAACUAACCCCCCUCCAAGAAAAUUCAUUUAUAAACACUGCACUCCAUUAUUAGAAUAAGUUAGACAAAUAUGCAUGACCUACAAUGUAAGGGGUCCAACCAAACAAACCAAAGAACACUAAACCAAAAAAGCAUUUGACAAAAUUCAAUAAAAACCAUCUUACCAAUCAACCACAAAUCAUUCCAUUAUCUCAUUAUGAAACACAAAACUCACCACAAAACAUCAUUUCUUUCCAAAGAAACCCAAAAAUAUUAGAUGAACAGAUGUUAGUUAAAAGAAAAAAAUAUAUACAAAAGCUUAUCAUUGUCUGCCUAGAGAUAGACAAUCGAAUAUAGUGUGUUCAAUACGCAAAAGAAGAAUGGGAAAUCUAACAAAAUUUGGACAUGAUCACAUAGUAAAGCAACAACAUCAAUGAUUUUUGAAUAAUUUUUACAUUAACACUGUUUCGGUUCUCCUGUAUGAAAAAGAGAACAAUGGAUUUACAGUAUGAUUUCAGAAGGAUAAUAGAAAAGACACAAAAAAAUUUCUCAUUUCACAGCGGCAAAGAUAAACCCAUACAUACUCAACCACACAAUGUAACACUCACACACACACACACACACACACAUACAAAGUUCAACCAACCAACCUACUACUUAAACAGAAAAAUUUUAAAUGUUACCAAACUAUUUGAUAUAAAAUAAAAAAAUAAAAGUAUUUACAAUUUUCUUUGUA